UAAAAGAAGAUAUUGUACCAUUUUCUUUCGUGGUAGUUUUAAUUUCCCUUUCAAUUAAUUAUUUUACGUGAUUGAACGACAUGAAGAAAAACACUCGCCUGGAGCUUUUUACAACGUUUAUUUUAUUUUAAUUUUUUUUUCUGUGUCCUCACGACGUCCUUCAGUUAUCUGCUUUCUGAUGAUAACAACACCAGACCAAAGUGCGGUUAAGGCUUUGUUACUUUUUAAUUUGGCAUAUGCAAAAGCGUUGGGACAUUUUCUGGCCCUAAUUUUCAAGUCAUAUGUUAGAUGACUCCUACUGUGUUGAAACAACGCGCCGAACUGUUUCUUCCAGCGGAGAAGUACGGUGUGACUUCUGUAGCAAGCAUUCCACAAACGUUUACUCACGAGAAGGUAUUUGAGCCUCCGAAGUGGAACUUUGGAACUGGAAACUGAAAGUGCAUUCUCAUCUUCAGCUAUAUAACCUACACAUACGUAUACUUUUUAAAGCUGGGACAAAGCCGCGAUACUUUUGGCGCGAAUUCAGUCGCGUCACUUGUUUUCUAAAUUCCUGCUGGGAAAACCCACGCGCUGGGCUGCGGGUCAUUUGUUACGAUUAUUUAUACGAACAAGUGUCAUUCCAUUGUAGCAAGCAUUGAAAAUAUCUGUCUCCGAGAGGUCUUGUUAUUAUAACUCCAAGGUGAAAUAUAUUCCAUGAGUUGUGGAACUUUGAACUUUGUCAGACAACAACAGUUUUCUCUCGUCAAUAGCGUCUGUCAUUGCGUUUAAAUGAACUGAUUGUUUGCCAAAAAGCAUGUUUCUCUUUGCUGUCUUGCAGCUUGUUCAAAGCAUCUUUUGAAAACAAAGUUUGGAAGUUUAAAACGUUGUUGAAGUAGAACUGAUCUAAUGAAGUUAAAGCCUUGUAGUGUAAAGACCUCACAGAAAUCUUUGUUAAGGUUCGAUUUGGUCCAGUUCACCCAAAUUUAAUAACAACUGUGUCAUCUGCUGUCAAAGAUUAUUAAAACAACAUAUCACCAAAACAUUUGAACCAAAUAUUUUACUAGAUCUCUGUUUCGAUUUCGAAGCAACUUCAUUAGAUAUGUCACAUCAAGGCAUCAUAUUUUGACAGCGUCAAUAAAACUUCCAAGUUGUAACCCGUUGAAUUCACCUGCAGAGUUGCCUGUAGCCACGCGGAGAUACCUAAAUUAUUGAGUGCUGGCAAUUCUUUUGCUUUUAGCAGCGGGUCCAAUAUGCGAGUAAUUUACUUGAUGUUAUUGUGCCUCGCCCUCUGAACGAUUGAUUAUUCUUAUAAUUUCCGUUAAGAUAACGGGCUGUUGCAUAACACGAUAACUGCGAGCGAGAAAUGUCCUGGGCUGUUGGCGAUUUCAAGGGCUUAGGCACGUUCAGGUAGCACAAAGCGUUUUUCGAUGGUGUGACAACUUAGGAUAGCUGGUACGGAUCUUCAAGAUUUCAACGCGACAGUUUUCGGUCGUCACCACAAGACAAGUCCUGUCGACAUCUUUGUUAAGGCUUGUCUUGAUCCGGAUGCCGUGACUAGAUAUGGAUUGGAACACAACUUUCAAUAAAAACGCCGUAAGUGCUUUGCCUUCAGUGUACACUACACAGGCGUUUGCAGUGAUGGAAGGAAAUGAGAGUUCAUUCAACGCUACUACACAUGCAACUCCAGAGUUGGAGCAAUCCCUAGAUUUUUGGAUCAUUAAGAUCGUGUUUUACUGCAUCAUUCUACUGGGUAGCUCUUUGGGGAACAGUUUAGUAAUUUACAUCAUUGCGAGCAAUGCACGAAUGCGAACGCCGUCCAAUUACCUUAUCAUGAACCUUGCGGUCUGCGAUUUUGUGACGCCAGUGUUCAGCAUCCCCUUCGACUUUGUGCUCGAAGAACACAACUACGUCUGGAUUUACGGCGCAAGUAUGUGUAAAAUUCUGUGGCCUUUGACAACGCUGUCUUCAACCUCGGCCGCUUUGACCCUCGCAGCGAUUUCACUUGAUCGUUAUCGCGUAAUCAUGCACCCCUUUAAGGCUCGCUUAACUAUGGUCAAAAUCAAAUGUAUUAUUGUUGCGACGUAUUUGUUUUGUUUACUAAUGGUUACGCCGUACUCUUACGUGCUCGGUUUGAAAGGAAACGAGUGCCAUGAGACUUGGCCCGAUAUUUCCUACAAAAAAUAUUACACGCUGAGUCUUUUCCUGGUGCAGUAUUGCCUCCCUCUGACGUUCAUGGUCGUCAUGUAUUCCUUAGCACUGAAGAACCUCUACACUACCACAGAUAAGACGAGUACUAGAAAAGCAGAGAAAGAACAGGCUGAGAUGAGCAGUACAUCACGUAAUUCUUCCACAUCUGCAGAGCCAAAACUAAAAAAGGUGUCUUCCACAGUUCGUCUUGUGCGGAAGCUGUCCUCGACUGUAAGAAGAGGCACAACCGAAGCAAACAAGAGAGCGACUAAAAUGUUUCUUGCAAUAGUCGUAGUUUUCACCAUAUGCAUGUUCCCAAAUCAAGCGUUGUGGCUAUGGGCGGAUUUUUCCAAUGGCGCUGACAACCCCAAUUUCCUCAAGGCUGUUAUCGUCUGCUGGUUGUUCACCUACUCCAACAGUGUCUGCAACCCGGUGAUUUACGCCGUUUUCAGCCGGGAUUUCAGAAGAGGUUUCAAACGAGCGUUCAAAAAAGCGUUCUGCCUACGUCACGGGCGCCGUCGAGUUUUUAACCCUGAUUUAGUGGCGACAUUAACCACGGAGUUAAAAAGUGUUGGCACGGACAUAGAACGGCGAAAAAGAAAGAUAGCUUCCGUAGAAGCACCUAAGUUAUAUCUUUUGUAAUAGUGAGGGGAAAACAUUUCCACAUUGCAGAAUCGCGCACGCGGCGGGGUAGUACACCCUUUCUUAGAAGAAGACAUUUCUUAAGAGUAUCGAGGCGAAAUUUGCGAAAUUUUAGAAAUAUUUUAAGAAAAAAAAAACCGAGGCAGAAAUUUUGAAAAGAAUAUAAUUUUGUGAUGAAAGUUGGUAUGUACGUCGUAUACCCGCUUUAAUGCCCGCAGGCUGGCUCCAGAAUUACUUCAACACCAUCCAGACACCAAAUACACUGGAAAACAGAAAUGUCAUAUG